AUGUAUGUGUAUGUGUAUGUGUUUGUAAGCGUCUCGGCCCCAGCCCCCCUGGAGCGUCUGCUAGAUCGAGACACACAUGGGAUGCCACGCUCCGUGGCGCCGCUUACGUCCUCGGACGAGUCAGCCUGCAAUGAGUCUGAUAGUGACGUCACUGCUGGUACAGCUUCUGAUGAAGCAUCCGAUUUGGAGGACCGGGAGCGCAGUAACUUCCUCAGAGUUCGAAGCUGGUGGCACAAACGUGUUCUACAGCUGCUCUUCGAGCACUACCUGGAGUUGCAGCUGCGAUCCCAUGGUGGGCUUCUCACCAACAGACAGAUUGCAGGCAAGCUCAAUGCCUACAAACGUAGCUGUGAAGUGCUCAGUGCUGAUGAAUGCUACGCGUUGCUGCGACCGCAACUGCUGGCGGGUCUGCAAAGCAUGGUGGAACAAGACCGUGACGUUUUGCUCACGCAAUUGGCCAGGUCUGUGCCACGCAAUGAUUGGCUAUGGAUCCGAGCAACAGGGCGAUGGGGAGAUCCGAGUAAAAACCAGGUUACAGGCAGAUCCCAGCUUCUGCUGGCGCAAUCGAUGGGACCUCGACUCCGACAUCCACAUGCCACGAACCUUAUGCAACAGCUUUGCGCUGCAGCCUCGCAUGGAUUUUAUCACGAUCAGCUUUUCAUGCUGUGGUCCUUGUUCGACAACAACGACCGCUUGGCGUUUCAAGCUUGGUUCAGGAAGCUUCUUGGAACUUCUGUUGAGCAACGGCCUGCACUGUCUGGCACCGGUCUGCCACCCCUGGUCGAGGAUACAGAUAGAGAUGGAGAUGUCAACAUGCAUGCAGGCUCCGAGCCUGCCAGCGGGUCCAGAGACCCUCGGCCCCCUGCAAGGGGCCCUCCUUCCUCUGCGGCAGCUUCGAGCACAGCAGGUGGCUAA